AUGAGCGCGGACACAGAGCUGCUGUGGCCGGGGGCGGCUCUGCUGCUGCUGCUGGGGGCAGCGGCCGGCCUGUGCGUGCGCUGCUCCCGCCCAGGUGCAAAGAAGUCUGAGAAAAUCUAUGAGCAGAGGAGUCUGCAAGAGAAUCAGCAGAGCUUUGCAGUGGCCCGGACCUACACCUUGGUCAGGGAGGCCUGGCCCGGGGACACAGCCUCCAACAUGGAGUUGACAAGGAAGGACAAGCUGUUGCGGUUCUCCCCCAGCCUCGAGGAUUCUUCAUCCCCCAGGUACCAGUACUUCAGCAAAGGAAGCAGACCCAGAUCAGAGGAAGCCUACAUAGACCCCACCUCCACGGACUAUUACAAUUACGAUCCGUUCCAGAAGCCCGCGGAAGAUGACGAUGACACCAAUUCCUAUGAGAACGUGCUCAUCUGCAAGCCAAAGAGAGUGGAAUCAGGGGACGAGGGGUCUGAGGAUUAUCAGAACUCGGCGUCCAUCCAGCAGUGGCGGGAGUCCAAGAGAGUCGUGGAGUCAGCCCUGCGGGAAGCACCGCUCUCCCUGGCAGGAAGCCCAGACGAGGACGGGGAGCCCGACUAUGUGAACGGGGACGUGGCAGCCACCGAAGCCUAG